AUGACUCUCUGCUGUGGUCUUUGGGAAUCAUUUGUUGGUUAUAACUUUCGUGUGUAUUUACCAUGGGAAAGUUAUAUAUCGAAUGAUUCACAGAUUGGUGCUGUUGAAAAUGGUCUAUUGGUCUUUCUCUCAUAUAUUAUUAUUUUGAGUACCGUCGUGCCAAUUUCACUUUAUAUCAAUGUCGAAAUUAUCCGUCUUAUACAAUCCAAAUGGAUCGAUUGGGAUUUGAAAAUGUACUACGAACCAUACAAUAUUUCCGCAGAAGCACGUACUACUACGCUCAAUGAAGAACUUGGACAAAUUGAGACAAGUAUGGAUAGACGCGAAGAAAAAGUCAAUGAUACAUACGAAGAAAUUGAAACAAAUAUGAAACUUCUUGGUGCCACUGGAAUCGAAGAUAAGCUUCAAGAUGGGGUGCCACAAUGUAUCGAACGUCUAAUACGAGCUGGUAUCAAAAUUUGGAUCUUGACUGGUGAUAAAGUUGAAACGGCUUUUAAUAUUGGACUAUCGUGUCGUUUAUUGACGAAUGAGAUGGAAAUUUAUACCAUUGAAGAAGAGAACGAAAAUGACGUAGUGAAACGAUUAGAUGAAGUUCGAAAGGAAAUGAUUCAGAAGAUCCAACAGUUAUUUAAUGUCAAAAUUGAGGAUCCAACGAAGCGACUCGAUUGGAAGGAUUGGGGUAUUGAUGAGAUGAAAUUCGAUCAAUAUCGCAAACCAUCAAGUAGUGUCGAGCAACCGAAUCAUAAUCACCGAAAUGAUGGUUUUACUACUAUGAAUACAUAUUCACACGAUCAAGAACAAUUCGAAGGUUUCGGAUUGCUCAUUACUGGCCCAGCAUUGGCUCAUGCAUUGACCGAUAAAAUAAAAAUGAAGUUUCUUGAAUUAGGUACUAUGUGUAAGACAGUGGUUUGUUGUCGCGUGACGCCACUACAAAAAGGUCUAGUCGUCGAAUCGGUAAUGCAAAAUGAGAAAAAGAUCACAUUGGCGAUUGGUGACGGAGCGAAUGAUGUGCCCAUGAUUCAGAAAGCUCAUAUCGGUGUCGGUAUUAGUGGUCAAGAAGGUCGACAGGCUGUACUAGCCAGCGAUUUUAGUUUCGCCCAAUUUCAUUAUCUUGAACGACUCUUACUUGUCCAUGGACGUUGGUCAUAUUUACGUAUUUCAAAAUUUCUACGUUACUUUUUCUACAAAAAUUUUGUUUUCACAUUGUGCCACUUUUGAUUCUUUCGUAUGCGUUUCAUGCCAACUACGACCGACAAGGCUCGACUCAAUCAAAAGUUUCGUAACGAAGAAAAAGCAGCUUUCAUUGCACAUAUUGAACCGCAUUUACGUCAUAGAAAGCGAUCUAUACGCUCAGGUUAUGCAUUUUCUCAACAAGAAGGUUGGGGUGAAUUGAUCGCAUCCGGGCAACUGCAAGUCAAACCAGCAUCCCGUACACAACCUUCACAUGUGAGUCAUGUGAGUACAUCAUUGUCUUGCUUUGUUGACAAAUAA